CUUCAAAAUUUUAUUAAUAGUGAAAAACAGGCUAUGCCGACAGUAACCCCAAGCGGUGUUUGUGGAUUAAAGUGGUCCCCGGAUAGCCAGUAUCUGGCUUCUGGCGGAAACGAUAACCGGUUGCUUGUUUGGAGUCAACAUGCUCCAGCAGAUGGUGGUCCCGUUCUAACCUAUGAAGAGCACGUAGCUGCGGUCAAAGCGAUCGCCUGGUCGCCACAUCAACACGGUCUUUUAGCCAGUGGUGGCGGUACAGCUGAUCGAUGCAUUCGAUUUUGGAACACAUUGACUGGUCAAGCCUUGCGCAGCGUCGACACUGGAAGUCAGGUGUGCAACAUUGCCUGGUCCAUCCACAGCAACGAGUUGGUGAGCACACAUGGCUAUUCACAAAAUCAAAUUCUCGUCUGGCGUUAUCCCAGUAUGACUCAGUUAGUAAAAUUGACUGGACACUCCUAUCGAGUUUUGUACUUGGCUAUCAGUCCGGAUGGGGAAAAUAUUGUCACUGGAGCUGGAGAUGAGACCCUUCGAUUCUGGAACAUAUUUACACGGGCAAAAACACCAAAGGUAUGUUUCGAAUAUCAGGUCACAGAUCCGUUGUUCUGA